AUGUUCUCCCCCACCAUCGGGUGCACGAGAAUCGCGGAGCUGUUGAACUUCAGCGUGAAGCGGUUCUGCUCCUUCAAGUACAUGCGAGUCUUCGCGCCCACCGGCGAGGCUGUGGACGGAUGGAGCGCGGCGCAGAAAGUUAAGAAGUCGCACCCCGCGGCGUACGAGCUGGCCGUCACGGCUAACCUGCGAGAGGUGCUGUACGCGAUCAAGGCGCGGGCGGUGCUCAUGGUGAGCUCGGCCAGGGGGGCGGGCUUGUCGCCGGCCCAAGUGGCAGCCGAGGCGGCGGCGGCGGCGGGAGAUGGGAGCAACAUGUCUUCGGCAGCACUGGAGCGCGUCGUGACGACCGCAACAGCCACCUACAACGAGUGGAUGAUGGACGUCCAGAAGCCGGCCGCUACGAUCAAGAUGGGGUCGAACGAUCCGCUGUACCUCAGCUUCCUUCCGGCCCUUGACCCCGCAAUGGUCGCCGCUUGGCAUCAGCCCAAGAUCAGCAUCCACGUGAUCACGAACGACCGGUUGAGUUCUCUAGUGCGGCUGGUCAAGUCUCUCCAGGACAGCCAUUUCCUGGGCGACGAGGUGGAACUGAGCUUCCAUGUAGACGUGGACGCGGACGGAGAGCUUAUGGACUACCUGAUGGGCGUGGACUGGCCCUUCGGAGACAAGCAGAUCCACCACCGCAUCCAGAGGGGCGGGCUCAUCUCCGCCGUGACGGAGUCGUUCCACCCCUCCACGCCGCACGACUACGCCAUCUUCCUCGAGGACGACAUCGAGGUCUCGCCCGCCUUCUACGCCUGGUCCAAGCACCUGCUGCUGCGUUACCGCUACAGCUCCGACGCGGCCCACCCCAUCACGCUCAACGCUAACACUAUGCCCACCACGUCUUUGGCGGGUAUCAGCCUCUACACCCCUCGGAUCGAGGAGGUGACAGCCCAGCGAGCGCACCUCGACUUCAACCGUGCGGCCAGCGGCUACAACGCUCUCCUGUUCCAGACCCCCUGCAGCUGGGGCACGGUCUACUUCCCGGAGGUGUGGAUGCACCUGCACGCGGCGCUGGUUAACGACAAGUACAAGGACAUCCCGGGGGUGCUGGUAAACGGGUGGAGCGGCAGCUGGAAGAAGUUCCUGUUCUCUCUCAUGUACCACAACGACUGGUACCUACUCUACCCGGGAUACAAGCAGGAGCAAAGCUUCGCUACGAAUCACAUGGAAGCCGGCGUGCACAUCGGGAAGGGUAGCAUCAAGCACCUCCCGGAGGACUACGUGGUGCCUCUCUUCAAGGAGGGCGACGCAAGCUUCUGGAGGCGGGAAUCUCUUCUCCUCCCUAAGUUGGAGGACCUAUCGAAGUUGUCGGUCAAGGGACAGGUGGUCCAGGCCGCCAAGAUCCCAGCAAGUACCGCUUACCAUCGCGGGGACGGUGGAUCGCGGUCAAGGGCGAUUAAACCCUUCUUGAGGAACGGGGAAGCGAAAACUAGACGGAAUAACGCCGCCUAGACUUUUGUGUAUGCCAGCGGCGACCGGCUUCCACUUUUCCGCACCCUUCUUUAUGAAAGGCGCGGUUAAGAUACAGGAACGAGAGAGAAGGGACACGAAUGAGCUUCGGGUUUAGUUACAGGACUUUCCGCUGGUCUUCGUAGGGGCAGAGGGGUGGCUGUCGUUACUAGAGUACCCUCGCUAUGGAACUCCGCUAAGCUUGCUGACAGGGUAGACAACGCUGCCGGCUCGCAAAUGCUGAAAGGGUAGAGGGGAUAAGGAAUCGACUUCAAAACAUACGCCAGUACAUAGGGACGGUGGUUCACCGAUACAGUAGUUGGGUACGAUAUACUUGUGAGCAGGGGGGGAAGAUGGGGUGGCCAAUUCGGUGUUGGAGGACAAAAUCAAGUAGCGGUAGAUUUGGACUACUGCUGUAGGGGGUCGGAGAGUGUCGCAUAUCAGGGCAAUAGGUGCCGUGGCUUUCUCGCUCCUGGUCGGCGGUUGUUUAUUGUUACGUCGAGUGGCUCCGGUACAAAAUUUGAACACGGUUUUGGGCGUGGCCACGGGGAGUUAGCUGGGGGAGGGGAAGGGAUGGGGAGGAAAAUGUAGUUGUUGGCUCUUCCUUCUAUAACAAGGAGAGAGUUGUUUUUGCCAAGAGGGGGACCUGUUUUGAUCCCUGGUUUUUUCUUUUCCCGGCGUGUGAAGCGUUUGAUCGCCCGGUCGACGCGAAACCGAGUUUGUCGGCAACCGGAUAAAAAUAUCGUGAACGAGACGGGGGGUGGGAGGGGAGGGGGCAAGCAGUGCGGAGAAAGGAGGAUGUGUGUGAUUAUUGUGUCGACGCAGCAGUCCGCGGCGACCUCUCGCUGGGUGUCUGUGCUUUGCUCGGUUGGGGGGAGGGUUAGUUUCUGCGAUGAUGCUUGUGUUUGUUUUUAGGCUACACUCUUGGGUGUGAGUUAUACCAACCCGACUCAUUUCGGAGAGAUACAAGGGGUGAACAUGACAACACGACGUGACGUUCGCCGCUUUCACCGUAAGAUAGUGAUUCGGUGGUCUACAAGGGUUGCUGUGUUUCGGCGUCCCGUACCUCCUUUUCGGUUUGCCGGGGGUGGAGUUGGGAUGACGGGGUCAAGGCACAGCAGUCUCCGUGUGCUGUUUUUUUCGAGACCGGCCUAUUUGUACCAUUUUUUUUAUGGCUGUGACGAAUGGAUCGAAAAGCAGUGCUCGAAGAUCCGCAAAUCAGUAUGGUGGACGCGUCGAACCAGACACUGUACGAAAGAGGCUUUUCACCACAUGAGAUCAAUGCGGCUGCUUGAUACAUAGAUACUGGAUGCGGGAGGGAGUACGUAUCAAGGUUCGAUUCACCUAGCUAGUUGCUGGGUGAUUUGAUGGUGGGUGUGAUGUCGGACGGCGUGGUCUCCACCGACUUCGGUUUCGGUUGCUGCUGUUUUGCUUUCAGGCUCACUUCGUUCAUGUUUCCCUGACCACGAAAGCGCACAAACGCUUGUGAUGGUCCUUUAUAUACAAGUUUUCUCUGUCCUCUGAUUGUUGCGUCUCCAUAUCUAGUGUUUGUCGUGUAUCUGGCUGUUCCUUGAUGGAUAGGUGCUUGACUUGAUUCAUCUGUGAUUUUUUUGUCCGGCCGGACGGCGAUGAUGUGGUUGCUUCCAUAGUCUGAAAUGUUUCGCCCCGCGCGGGCGCGUUCCUUCAGUUCCGUUGGCUUGACUUGUACGUUAGUGUGUGUUGUCCCCAAUCUGCAUUUGGUGUUCAUUGAGCGUCCUUGCUUUUGGAUUCCUCCGUUUUGAGCAAGGACAUGCAUCGUCGAUGAACUUCAAUAUGUCAUGAUAUUAUUAUUAAUGUCAACUUUUGUU